UGCGUAGUACUCUUUUUCUCAAAGCUAACUGUUAGCGGCGCUAAAGACGUGGCAGAAGUCUUUCGACAUGGAUGCAGCUGCUCUGGUUAUCCUGACUUUAUUACUUGGAGUUCUGGUUAUUUUGGUCGCAUUUGCGGUUGGUAAUAGAAAACAAGAAAUAAAGGAACAAACAGAGCCAGGAGUGGAGGCUGCAGUUGAUUCCAGUUCUGUGAAAGCAGCUGCAUCCAAGAAGCAGAAGCAGGAAAAGCAGCAACGGAGCCGCAAAGAUAAACCGACUCAGCACACUUUCAGUCAUCCUCUGUUGGCAGCCUCACUGAAGAGCCACAGCGGGAAUGUGACGUGCCUUGAUUUCAGCAGCAAUGGGAAGUACCUGGCUUCCUGCGCUGACGACCGGACCGUUCGGAUCUGGAGCACCAAAGACUUCUUGGACCGAGAACACAAAUGUCUGAGAGCGAACGUGGAGCUGGAUCACGCCCUAUUGGUCCGCUUCAGUCCAGACUCCAGAGCGUUCAUCACCUGGCUGGCGAACGGAGACACUCUUCGCAUCUUCAAGAUGAUCAAAAAGGAUGACGGCACUUUCAACUUCAAGGCUGCUCCGGAGGAUUUCCCCCAGAAACACAAAGCCACCAUUCUAAACAUCGGCAUUGCAGAGACGGGGAAGUUUAUAAUGAGCGCCUCUACAGACACCAGCAUUCUCAUCUGGGAUCUGAAAGGAGAUAUUCUGGCCUCGAUCAACACUAACCAAAUGACCAAUUCUUAUGCUGCUGUGUCCCCGUGUGGCAGGUUUGUGGGGUCCUGCGGCUUCACGCCAGACGUAAAGGUGUGGGAGGUUUGCUUCGGUAAAGGAGGAGAGUUCAAAGAGGUGGCACGAGCGUUCGACCUGAAGGGACACUCUGCAGGGGUUCACUCGUUUGCCUUUUCAAAUGAUUCCCAUAGGAUGGUAACUGUGUCCAAAGACGGAACAUGGAAGCUGUGGAACACUGAUGUGGAGUAUAAGAAGCAGCAGGACCCUUACCUCCUGAAAACCGUUCCCUGCACCUCAUCGGAUGGUAGCCGCAUUGCUUUGUCGCCAGACGGUCGGGUGGUUGCCAUCAGCAGCGGGUGCAAUGUGGCGAUGUACGACGCCACCAGCGGGAAGCUGGAGGAGGAGCUGCAUGGGGUCCACAGCGAGGAGAUCACUGACCUCAGAUUUGAUAUUAAUGGCCGCUUUUUGGUGAGCAGCGGCGACAAGGCCAUCCGGGUGUUUCACAACGCGCCGGGUUAUCGGGCGGCGAUUAGAGACAUGAAUGACAUGCUCAAAAAGGCUCAGAACGAGGCCAUGAAGCAGAGACUGCAGCAGCAGAUCAAAGAGGCUCAGAGCGCCCUUGACUUGGCGCUCGCCGCUCCUGCUAACUGAAAAGACUGUGACCCUGUUUGAUGUAACACAUGUGCUGUAAGGUGAUGCGGUUAAAAAAAAAAAGAGAACUUUGCAUGAGAUUUUAAUAAAAAUGCUCUUUUUAUGGAUUGA